CCUUAGCAAAAGUGUUAAGACCUAUGACUAUUUGCCUUAUAUAUUUAACACUAUGGUUAUUUUUUUCGAAAAGAUUCGCUUAGUUACAAUUGCUGAAGUCAUUUUUUUAUUUAUCACUUCUUUGAAAUUCCGUAUUAAUUUUUUGUUUAUUCCGUUUACUUAAUCAUGCUUUUAGAGCCAAUACAACCUUUAUAAAGUUCAUUUUCUUAUAUAAGUUUAAACAUUAACAAAAAGGUAUAUAUAUCUAGAAGAUUAUGGAAAUUAAAACACGACUAAGUGUUUUUUUGCAGAAAAUGUAUAGAGAGAGGGGGCCAUGGAUCACGUGGAGGAUGCGUGAGAUGGAAAUGAAAAAACGAAGGGAGAAGAGAGAAAGAGUGAUUUUACAUAUCUCCUCUAAUCCUUUCUCAGCCAAUUAUGAUCAAUCUCCCACGUGGGGCUUCUGGCCCCAUGCAUGCAUAUCAUCUUUCAACUAUUCACUCUUUUGUCUCCUUCUUCAUCUUUUUGCGUGAUCUUCUUCUAUAUAUGGCUGUCUUUAUCUCCACAAGUGGCUUUUAGAAAGAAGACUCUCUUCUAAGUUUGGGUGUUAAUUCUAGGGUUUCCAUUAACAAUGGCUGAUUCCUCUUCUGCUUCUUACAUUCACAUGGUGCAGCACAUGAUAGAGAAAUGUUUGAUCUUCCAUAUGAGCAAAGAAGAGUGUGUGGAAGCUCUCUCUAAGCAUGCAAACAUCACUCCUGUCAUCACCUCUACUGUAUGGAAGGAGCUGGAGAAAGAGAACAAGGAAUUCUUCAAGGCGUAUGAGGAGAGGCAAAGCAAACAAGAGCAAAUGUCGGAGGAAGAGACAAACCAGAUGAUCCAGAAGAUUAUCUCGGAUUCAUCUAAAGAAUCCGACGACUGAUCGCGAUGUUCGUUAGAUCUUUAAAACCUUAUAGUUUAUAUAUAUAAAUCUCAUGAAAACGAUUUAUCCCUGACGCAUGCAUGUUUAUAUGUAAAUCGUUUUUUUUCAUCUCUUGGCAUCGGUCCAACAAGAAAGACAGCAAAAAAAGGGUGAUGACACUCCUUUUGGUACGUUAUACGUACGUGGUCCACAUAAUACUGCCUCUGUAUAAUUAAUAUAUAAUGAAAGGACCCUCACAAAUCGAUCGAUGGUGUGGCGUUUUAAUUGAAUGUAUCAUGUGUAUAUAUCUUCAAAUAAACUAUUUAUCUC